UUAUACUAAUAGUAUGCUGCAGUUAGAAGAUAUCUUAUCUUUAGUGGGAAAAAAGACGCUUUUUUUUUUUUGAAAUGAACCGUAAAGAGAUAUCUUACUGAGGUGCAAUUUCAUGAAGCUUCGGUUUUGAUACUGUACAAUUCUCUAAUGAGUAAAUAUUAUUACUGAAGCUUCUAAAUUGCCUUACGUGAUUCCAGAGCUCUACCUCCCGCUGCCACCUUCUAUAAAUUCAAGAACAUAGCUAAAAGGCAACUCCCAUAAGCAAAUCCAAGGAUCCAUAAGGAAUUACUCUGAUAUAAAGUUGCUACUCUUUACAAACACAUCUUUCUCCCUCAUCUAUCCCAAUCAUGGCUUUCAGGUUAACUGGUUACUGGAAAUGGAUGGUGAAUCGCUUAAGAGGAAGUUCAACAUAUGGCACCUCAACCUCACCAAAAAUGAAGGCAUAUGUCCCAACAGCUGAUUUCAGCUAUAAUGUUGGCGAAGAGCAUGGUAAGAGUAAGAUACAACUGAAGGGUGAUUUUGUGCCAGUGUAUAUAGCCCUUGGCUUGAUAACUUUAUCAACUAUGAUGGGUCUGCACACUGCAAAGCAGCAGCUCAUGUAUUCACCAUCUGUGCGUGUAAAGAAGAAGUUAAGGGAGACAAUUCCUGAAGUUGUGUAUCCUGAUAAAGUGGUGGAUGAGGCCCAUAAAUUCAUUGAGAAAUCAUUUUUUAGGAAGGUUGCCCAUAUUCAAGAGUUUGAAAGUGGCCUCCAGUCUAUUCCUCAUCCUAUUUGUAAAGAUUUUCAUGCUCACCCACCUCGGGUUGAAACUCUCAAGUCUAUUGGAAUAGAUCCCACCCUGCCCUGAAUCCACUCUUUCUGCUGCUUUGUAAAUUUGUUUCGAGUAUUCAUUUUCGUUUUUUUUUUUUUUUUUUUUAUCU